CCAUGGUAACGCUGUACACUGCUGUGCACAAGUGGCAGCGAGGGAUAGCGGAAUAUCUCCUUUCCAAGCGCGGGGAAAAUGGAAACAAAAUGGAAAACACCAGAAGAAUCGACGGAUGGACCAUAUUAUCUCGAAAAAGUCUAUAUACCCGAAGACUCCGAAGACGAUUACCAGUAUGAAGAAGUCAUGGCCGAUGACGACUUCAGUCUAACCGAGGGAGACGAGGAUCUGGAAGCAGCCGUCAACGCAGUAAGAGAUCUUGCCACCGACACGGACACAUCCAAAAAUGUAAGCUCAGCUAAACAACCGAUUUCCCACAUCCCCGAGACAAUAGACGACUUUUUCCGUAACUACCUCUUGAAAAUGGGCAUGACUCGGACUUUGGACAGCUUUCAAAUAGAGUGGUUCGAAAUGCAACGAAAGGGUCUGCUAAAAAUUGGACAGGUGGAUUUUGUUCCAGACGCAUACACUCACAACCAGCUUCUAGUCAACGAACUCAAAAAUGUACAAAAAGAAAGAGACAGCUACAAACAAGCCGCCAUGAAAGCAGCUGAAACUCUCGUUAAACUGAACAAGGAAAGGGACUUUCAUCGUAUGCACCACAAGCGAGUAGUCCAAGAAAAGAACAGGCUCAUUGAAGACAUCAAAGGACUGAAAAGGCACUAUGCGUCUUAUGAACCUGCGCUCCGACAACUGACCGGCAAGUACCAAGCGUCGCUGAGGCAGAAGAUGCUUGUCAGUUUGGAGAGAGACCGAGCAGUUGGCCACCUGCACAAUUUGGAGAGCACUUUACGCAAUGCGCACUCCUCUCCGACUGUGCGCCCAACACCAAAGCAAGGCAUCGACAAACCCCAGGUUCAACCCCCUGGUGUACAGACAGGGACACUGUCUGACAGCAACACAUGUCCUCCCAGUCCCACCGCAGCAACAGACCCCAGUGCAAACACAAGGCAUCUUAAGGAUUCAGAGUUUCCAGCUAGCAGCCGAGUGAACCCCUACCUCCCCCAGAUCAGAGCUCUACAGGCACAGAGCCACAAGGGCACCUGUUUCUCUCUGACCGCCUCUGUCAGGGCCAACAACAUGCCCAUCAGCUGCCUGGCACUUCACCCUCGGAAGAUGAUCGUGGCAGCGUCUGGCGACGACCACCGUUGGCGCCUUUGGGGUUUGCCUGCCGGAGAGAUGAUCAUGACAGGAGAGGGACACAGCGACUGGCUCUCCAGCUGUGCUUUCCACCCCAAUGGGGGGAGCCUGGCCACCACGUCAGGCGACACCACCGUGAAGAUCUGGGACUUUGCCAAGGGAGUGUGCAUCCUGACCCUGGAGGGCCACAUGCACGCCACCUGGGGUUGCUCCUUCCACUCCUGCGGCGACUUUGUGGCCUCCUGCUCCAUGGACAACACCGCCAAGGUGUGGGACCUGAACAGCGAGAGGUGCCGCUACACCCUGCGCGGCCACGUGGACUCUGUCAACAGCGUGGCCUUCCUGCCCUUCGCCAACACCCUCCUGACCUGCUCCGCCGACAAGACCUUGUCGCUGUGGGAUGGUCGCACAGGGCUCUGCGCCCAGACCUUCUACGGCCACCAGCACUCCUGCAACCACGCCGUCUUCAACAGCCUGGGGGACACCAUCGGCUCCUGCGACUCCUACGGCGUGGUGAAGCUCUGGGACGUGCGGAAGGUGUCGGCCAUGCUUAGCGUGGACACGGGGCCCCACCCCGCCAACCAGGUGGCCUUCAGCCCCUGCAGCAGAACCCUGGCCGUGGCCAGCAAUGACAGCGCGGUGAAGACCAUUGAGGUUGCGUCGUCGCAGGUGACCAGUCUGGUGGGGCACGAGGAUGCAGUGCAGAGUGUGAUUUUUGAUCACAAAGGAGAGAUCUUGAUGUCUGGAGGGUCGGAUGGCGCUAUUCUUGUCUGGUCAUAGAAAUACUAUAAAAUCAAUAAAAUACAUUUUUCAUUUUCA